CCGCCGUUGAAAGUUUCCACGCCGACGCUUCUCCUGCCUGCUCCUUCAUUGAUUGUUCUUCUGUUCUCCUUCGACCCUUGGCUGCUACUGCUCGCAACCCGCCGAAAGUCCCCCCUCAAAACAGUGAGACUCCCGUCCAACACAGAAAAACAAACAACACACUUCGGGUCUCUCCUACGACCGGAUCGCUCACAGCUAUUAAGAAACGGCCAUCUACCUGCUUCUGUGGCCUCCGAGAACGGCUGCUUCCCUUUGUUGGCUUCUCCGGGGGGCAUUGAGCUGCUGUGGUGCUGACAAUGAAGGCGACUCCGCUGCUCAUCUCGUGGCACAACGACAAUGCCCCGAUAUACUCGGUCCAUUUCGAUCCUAAUGGCAAGGGCCGAUUAGCUACGGCCGGCAACGACAACAAUGUCAGGCUGUGGCGCGUGGAAUCAUCGGGUGACGAACGGAAAGUCACCUACUUGAGCACACUGGUGAAGCAUACCCAGGCAGUCAAUGUGGUGCGGUUUAGUCCGAAAGGCGAAAUGCUGGCAUCCGCGGGCGACGAUGGCAACGUGCUUCUUUGGGUCCCUUCGGAAUUGCAGACGCAGACCGGGCUAGGGGAAGACAGGUCGGACGACAAGGAGACCUGGCGUGUCAAGCACAUGUGUCGGUCAUCGGGCGCGGAGAUUUACGACCUAGCCUGGUCUCCGGACGGCGUCUUCUUUAUCACCGGCAGCAUGGACAAUAUUGCUCGGAUCUAUAAUGCCCAGACAGGUCAAAUGGUCAGGCAGAUCGCGGAACAUUCGCACUACGUCCAGGGUGUGGCGUGGGACCCUCUCAACGAGUUUGUAGCCACACAGUCGUCCGAUCGCUCGGUCCAUAUCUACAGCCUCAAGACAAAAGAUGGCCAGUUCACCCUCACCUCGCACGGCAAGUUCCUGAAAAUGGACUUGCCUGCGCGGCGCAUCUCGUCGAGUAGCCCUGCGCCGCCUGAGCUCGGCAGCCGCCUCCCACCCACGAGCAACAACACCAUGGCCAUCGUCUCACCAGCACCCUCGGCCCCAGGAACGCCAAUGGCAUCGAAUCUACCGAUGGACCCUCCCCCGGUGUCACACAGCCGGCGGUCAUCGUUUGGUUCGUCUCCCUCCAUCCGGCGCUCCGCUUCGCCGGCCCCGUCGUUACCUUUGCCGGCCGUCAAACCCUUGGAAGUAUCCUCUCCCGCGGGCGUUUUGAGUGGAUUAGGCGUCAAGAAUGCCAAUAUCUACGCCAACGAGACUUUCACCUCGUUUUUUCGACGUCUGACCUUUGCUCCCGAUGGGAGUCUACUGUUUACGCCCGCAGGGCAGUACAAAACAUUGCACGUAUCGAAUACGGAUCCGACCAAAACCACUGACGAGAUCAUCAACACGGUCUACGUGUACACUCGUGCGGGCUUCAACAAGCCGCCCAUCUCUCACCUUCCAGGUCAUAAGAAGCCGUCUGUUGCAGUCAAGUGCUCCCCAGUUUUCUACACCUUGAGACAACAAACCCCCAAGCCUGCCAACCAUAUCGUCCUCGAUACCUCGUCGAGCGAAGAGGCAUUCUCGUCCCUUCCGGACCCGGUGGUUUCGACCAGCAGCUCGAUGGAUCCUCCUUCGUCCUCGACUGCGAUGACAGGUGACGCAUCAAAGCCACAUCUGACGCCCUCUACCAAGGACGGGGACCAUGAAGCCACCGCGCCAUCGACUCAAGGGCCGACGCCGGCCUUUGCCCUACCUUAUCGCAUUGUAUAUGCGGUAGCAACGCAAGAUGCUGUUCUGGUCUACGAUACCCAACAGCAAACGCCGCUCUGCGUUGUGAGCAACCUCCAUUUUGCGACUUUUACAGAUCUUGCUUGGUCAAAUGAUGGGCUCACGUUGAUGAUGAGCUCGUCCGACGGCUUCUGCUCGACCCUUACAUUUGCCCCGGGAGAGUUGGGUCAAGUGUAUACCGGUGCGACGUCGGUCCCCCAGCCGCACACUGCCUCCGCAGCCUCCUCGGCCAACAACACCCCUUUGCCUACGCCAACGGUUGCUUCCUCUCCUGUGAAGUUGAACUCUACCACCGCACAGGGGGCCACGAUGCCUUUAGUUCAACCACCUGCGAGUCCGGCGCGGUCCAAUUCGGUAUGUUCAGUCGCCACCCAGUCGUCCCAACAACAGCAAUCAUCCUCUGCCACGGUGGUCAACAACCCCACGCCCACCAUGAGCACCGUUCCCCUGGUAACAGCUGUUCACUCGUCGCAACCACCGGUCCUCCCGCUCACAACCCCCCCACAAACGCCAUCAUCGAUGGUCUCGCAGCAGAGCGCUCCCAGCAGCACAGUUCUAGGCAAGCGAGAUUCCACAGCAGCGGCCAACGACGCCGAUGACAAGCAUCAUGGCAAAGACCAUGACCCGCCGGCAGUCGCACAGCAGCAGCCUAAAAGGAGACGAAUAGCGCCUACUUUAAUCUCAACUGAGACGCAAUCUAAGGAUAGGAAUCAUCCAUGAUUCCUCUCAUCUUGUUAAUCCCUUUUUUCUUUUCUUCUAUUUCUUCCGCCCUUUUCUUUUCUUUUCCUGAUAUUCUAGGUUAUACUUUGAUCAAACUAACGGCCGGCGCUGGAGAGGUGACCAUAAACCUUUCCACGAUAUCUUUCUGACGACUCAUGUUCUUAUUCUAUUUUAAUUGGCUUGUGUUAUCACUCGGUACCUCCUCUCUCUCUCUCUCUCUGUUUUUUUUUCCUUUUUUCCCUUUUAUUUUGUCUU